UAUAAACAUGAUAUUUAGAAUCUGACGAAAAGUAUUAACAUAAUGUGUUUUUUCGGUAUGGAUAUCGGCGUAUGUGUACAUGAUGUACUGUAUUUCCGUGUAACUGUAGGGUGUGACCGUUAAAACAUAAUUUGUAUUUACUGUCAAGGUCUACAGACAUGCUCCUCUGGGACAGAGACAGGCUCCAACCAAAUCCUACUGGAUGUGUCUACAACACAGAUCAACACAGGGGGAGAGAUGUGUUACUGUAGACUGAUCGUGUCACAGACAACACAGGUGGAGAUGUUCCCUACUAGCUUGACAGAACAAUGUGAUAUAUCCAUAACCAUAAAGAAGUGGAGGACUAGUUCACAGUGUACAAAUGGUGCUGCUCAAACUAUACCUGGACAGACUCACACUGUCAACACCAGUGAGGAGAUAUGGAUACUGGUGGUGGCUACAAGACCUGGAGCCAGAGGACUGUUAGGACAGCUGCAGUUCAGGCUUAAAUCGUCAUCAGGCCAGCUGAACAUAGAGUGUUUCGAGCCAAACACUAACAGUUCCACUUCAACAGGCUCGCUUUCAACAAAAACGUUGACAUUUACCAUUACAACUUCUCCCAAAACAACAGCAGUAACGACAACUACAGAGAGACUUACAUCUACACCCCCGCAUACCACAGAGACACUGCGACCAACCGCCAUCACUCCUCAAGGACAGACCACAUCUGUGUCUACUGGAUUAACUGCAGGGCCAGGGACUACUAAAGCGACAUUCACUACAACUCAGAUCUCCAUGAAAGGAUGUCAAUCGCGUAACAAUGACUUUCCAGGUGGUAUCUUUGCUGCUGGAGUUGCUACAGGUGCCGUGCUGGUCGUCAUUGCUGGUGCACUAUACGUCGUCACAUCAAGAAGAUGGUGGAGGUCCCGCCAUGAGAAGUCUGAUGACAUUCCAGUCUCUGAAGUCCACCCCACCUACUCAGGGCUCAAACCCAGAACACAGGAGCCGAGUAACACCUAUGACAUAAUAGAUCAAAACCCCUCAAAGGGCACAGCCAAUCCAUACAUCAAUGUGACAUAGAUAUACUGCAAUUUGUUUUGCAUCUUGUUUAACGAGAGAAGGGUUAAUCUUGUACCCCUGUUACCACAAUUAUUUAAACAUUGAUUGGAUGCAUCUAACAUAUUCAGUCUCAGUGUAUGUUGUGUGUAUAUGAACAACCGCGUACGUUCAAAUCUGGAGCCUGUGUUUCACAAUGUGUGGAUAUGGACUUCCGUACAUGUGCAUGUAGAUCCAGGACUUUGUACCACACGCCAUGACUAAUAAGGACAUUACGUGCACUGCAAAUCAAAUACAUGCCUACGCCUGAAGUUGAAAUCCAAGAGAGUUAACGGAGCGAGUGAGAGAUCUGGGUCUUAUGCCAACUGUAGCAAUAUUCCAACAACAUCUUGGCGGGCGAC